AUGGUGAGAAUGGAUCGAAUUACUUUGGAGAAGAAUUAUUCCUGGCCGUCCCCCGCUCGCCACAGUUCAUUACUACGAUCCUUUGUCUCUGCGAAGGAGUCUUUCGUACCCCCAGCCGGGUCAUCACCUAUCAAUGCAAGGCACUACGAUUCUGUCCCCGGCUUUGACGCCCAAAACUCUCGAGAACAUCUUCAGUCCGUCCUUGAAAGUGGUCUCGGAGGCACCGACUUGGAUUCACGAGAUAUGACAUCGAGAACUAUUAGCCCAGAGACCGACUUGGAAGGUGCUACAAUACGUGUGGCGGACGGUGAAGAGACCACUGGGAGGAUCCAAAGGGGUAAUCAGAAGAGAAAGAAUACAAGAAGAACUACUGGCUCUGGUGAACAUCGUAUUGGGAAGAAGCGCGCCUCGGUUAGCAGAAGGCAGGUUUUUGAGUACUCACGCUUAGGAGCGAUCCGGUCAGGUGUUGACGGACGCAUUCGGUUCAAGAUCUAUUGGAAGCCAACUUGGGGCCCUCUUGAGGACCUCCGGGGAACUCGGGCACUGAAAGAAGCUGAGGAGCUCAUUGUCAAUGCGUACGACGAAGUUACGUGGGAUGAGGAGAUGCGUAGGUCUGGUCGUCUUGCUUCAGCUACAAGAUCGAAUAGAUGA